UUAAAAGAUUUAAAAUGUUUUCACUUGGAGCUAGAUUAACUGCUAAAAGUGCUUUUAGAGCCAACCAGGCUACUAUGGCAUCAAUAGGUGUCCUUCUUAGACGCUUCUCUGUUGUCAAUCCUGCUAUUAUGAGGAACAUUGGAAUUAGUGCUCACAUUGAUUCUGGAAAGACAACUUUUACUGAAAGAGUCUUGUUUUACACUGGAAGAAUCAACGCUAUUCACGAAGUUAGAGGUAGUGAUAAUGUGGGAGCAACUAUGGACUCAAUGGAGCUCGAGAGGGAAAAAGGAAUCACAAUUCAGAGUGCAGCUACCCACACAGUCUGGGACAACCAUCAUGUCAAUAUCAUCGAUACACCAGGUCACGUUGACUUUACUAUUGAGGUAGAAAGAGCAUUAAGAGUUUUGGAUGGAGGAGUUUUGCUUCUUUGUGCUGCUUCUGGAGUUCAACCACAGACUCUGACUGUUGACAAACAAAUGAAAAGAUACGAUGUCCCAAGGAUCAUCUUCAUUAACAAGCUUGAUAGAAUGGGAGCUGAUCCAUUCAAAUGCAUUAAGCAGGUCAGAGAUAGAUUAAAUAUCAACUGUGCAGCUGUUCAAAUUCCAAUGGGAACUGAAAAUGGUCUGAAAGGAAUCAUCGAUCUAAUUGAGAUGGAAGCUGUGUAUUUUGAUGGUGAUAACGGGGAAUCAGUAAGAAGAGAAUCAAUUCCAGAUUCUUUCAAAGAGGAAGCAGACGAUAAGAGAGAAGAACUUAUUUCAUGUCUUGCUGAAUUAAACGAGGAGAUUGAAGAACUGUACUUAAUGGAGGAAGAGAUUCCGAAAGAUUUGAUUAAUUCUUGCAUUCGUGAAAACACAAUUAAUCUCAAAUUUGCUCCCGUAUUUAUGGGAAGUGCUUACAAAAAUACAGGAAUCCAACUUGCUUUAGAUGGUGUUGUGAAAUAUCUUCCAGACCCAACUGAAGUAGUUAAUCAAGCCCUUGACAUCAGUACUCCAGAGGAAAAGAAGGUUGCUCUAGAAAUUGAUCCAAAGAAGCCUUUUGUUGGAUUGGCCUUCAAGUUGGAGGAGAAUCAAUUUGGACAACUUACCUACUUGAGGGUUUACCAAGGUACUUUAAAGAAGGGUCAAUUUUUGUAUAAUUCUGCAACUGGAGAGAAAAUCAAACUUUCUCGAAUGGUAAGAAUGCAUUCAAAUGAAAUGGAAGAUAUUUCCGAAGCUGGACCUGGAGACAUUUGUGCGAUGUUUGGAGUUGAAUGUGCUUCAGGAGAAACAUUCACUACAGGUUCAAAACUUGCCAUGACCUCAAUUCAUGUACCUGAUCCAGUUAUGUCUUUAACAAUCAAGCCAAAGGAUAGAAAUGACUUGACUAAGUUCUUGAAUGCUUUGAGGAGAUUUGAGAGAGAAGAUCCUACUUUUGUAGUUGCCCAAAAUCCAGAGAGCGAGGAAAUUAUUAUUUCAGGAAUGGGAGAACUUCAUCUUUUCAUUUACGCUGAGAGACUUAGAAGAGAAUAUGAUAUCCCAGUUGUUGUAGGAAAUCCUACUGUAAAUUACAGAGAAACUGUGACUGAGAAAUAUGAGUUCACUUAUCUUCAUAAAAAGCAGAGUGGAGGAGCAGGUCAAUAUGCUAAAAUUAUGGGAUAUGUUGAGCCUAACACAGAAGAUAUCACUGAUCCAGAGGCAGACACCUCUAACCUCUUUAUUGAUGCUACUAAGGGAAAUAAUCUUCCAAAUGAGUACAUCCCAGCUAUCGAGAAAGCAUUUUAUGAAUGCUGUAAGAAGGGUCCUUUGACUGGGUACCCUGUGAUUGGUAUGAAAUUUGUGUUGACUGAUGGACAAGUCCAUGUGGUUGAUUCCUCACAAAUGGCAUUCGCCCUUGCUACUCAAGGAGCAUUUAGGGAAUCUUAUAGCUCUGGAGGUGGUAAGAUCCUUGAACCUAUCAUGGAUGUCCAAGUAACUGUAGAUGCUGAUUACCAGCAAGGAAUUAUGGGUGGUCUUAUGAAAAGAAGAGGAACAAUGACUGAUACUAAAUCCCAAGAUGGCAUGUUUAUUGUAAAUGCUGAUGUCCCACUUGCUACCAUGUUCGGAUAUGCCACUGAGCUUAGAGGAAUGACUCAAGGUCUAGGAGAAUUCUCAAUGGAGUACAAGAAUCAUGCUCCAGUUGAGGAAUAUGAAAUUCAGGAUAUCAUCGAAGCUUAUAAGAAGAAGCAGCAGGAAGAAUCUGAUUUUUAAGUUAAUCGCA